CCGCUCACCUGGUCAGACGCCUGCGCGCCGCCUGCCAGACGCACAGCCCUGUGGAGCCUGCGGUCCGUCCUCACAGGGGCCCCUGUCCCUUCUCCCGUGCCUGGCCACUCAUCUUGCUAGGGAGGAGGUGCCCUGUCUUAUCUCGAGUGAUCCCGAGAUGGCGCGAGGCGGUGUCCCUUAGGCGGGACGCCCGAGGCUUCCACGCAGGAGAGGAGAAGACGUUGGAGGAGGAGGAGGAGGGAGCGGGACUUCCCGCCCGGGUCACCCAGUCCAGGCGGAACAGUAGCAGUCGUAACAAUAAUUGCAUCCGACCGCUGAGCUUCAAUUACGGCUUCACCGAAUCCUUUCACCUACAGUCAUCAGCACUGUUUACAAAGUGUGUACUUGGCUCCUGGGGGCAGGUGUCUCAUCAUCCCCACUUGACAGUGGGGGAAACCAGGGCCCCUGAGUGGCCUGAAGCGGGCUUCCAGAUUCCACAUGGGGACCCCGGAGACGCCCUCCCCUGCUCCCACACACGCCCAAGGCCCCAGAGCAUGUUCCAGAUCCCAGAGUUUGAGGCAAAUGAGCAGGAAGACUCGAGCUUUGCAGAGAGGGAGCAGCCCCCAGGCUCCCAAAGGGAUGCCAGCUGCCAGCAGGAGCGGCCCGCCAGCAGCCGCCACCAUGGAGGCGCCGCAGCCGCCGAGACCCGCAGUCGCCACAGCUCGUUCCCCGCGCAGGGGGACGAGGACGACGGCGCCGAGGAGGAGCCCAGCCCGUUCCGGGGCCGCUCGCGCUCGGCGCCCCCCAACCUGUGGGCCGCGCAGCGCUACGGCCGCGAGCUGCGGCGGAUGAGCGACGAGUUCGACGGCUCGGUGCAGGGACUUCCUCGCCCGAAGAGCGCGGGCACAGCCAUGCAGAUGCGGGAAAGCUCCAGUUGGACGCGCGUCAUCCAAUCCUGGUGGGAUCGGAAUCGGGGCAAAGGGAGUUCCGCCCCUUCCCAGUGACCUUCGCCCCCGCCCCCGGGGCUGGUGGCGGCCAUGUUGCGUGUGGGCGGAAGUCGGCCGUCGCUUUGGCUGCGGAACAAGGUUGUGUCCGGCCCCUUCCGUGAGAAGGCGGGCCGACCCCAGGCCCCGAUUCCCUUCCGGGGCAGGCGAGAGCUUCACGAAGCUAGGCGCUUUGGGAAGUUUUUAAGUUUUUCCGCCCGAAGCCUCCGGAAGUGGCGCCCGGGGUCAGCCGGGGUCAGCCGUGACUUCUCCGGGACGUUGUGCCCUUCCGGGUG